GGGCUCCAUGAGAGCCCCCCUCCUUCUCCAACAAACUGGUCAGCAGUGUGGGGAUUAGGAAAUCCAGCUCCGCUAAAUCACUGCAGACACACCGGGGAAUGAAACUAACGUGAAUCAUGCCCGUCAUUUGUGCCGGCUGGAAGCGGAGCCGAAAUUGUGAAAGAUACGGAUAAUACCAGGAGGAGGAGGAGAGGUGGAUCGAGUCACGCUCCGAGCGCUCUUCCUUGUGCAAUAUGCCUCUUCGGGAACUCCGCUGCUGGUGUUUGGACCCGUCGCAUUAUGCCGCCCACCUCUCAUGUGUUUUAUUUUAAAGAAGAAAAAGAAGAAGAAUCAUUGACCUGGAUGAGCCCGAUAAGAGCCGUGUAAAUAGGCAGAAAACCAAAGGGUGUAUGGGAUAUAUAUUUCCAAUAAACUCCGGGGGGAUUUUUCUCGACUAAACAAGAAGGAAGAAAGUUGUGGCUGCCUGCUUGUGUGUGUUUUUUUUUUAAAGGAGCAAAUAUGGGGAACGCAGGGAGCAUGGACCAGCACACCGACCUGAGGGGACACAACAUGCCCCUGAAACUCCCCAUGCCAGAGCCGGGGGAGCUGGAGGAGAGGUUCGCACACGUUUUGAACUCAAUGAAUCUUCCUCCAGACAAGGCUCGACUGCUGCGGCAGUAUGACAGUGAAAAGAAAUGGGAACUAAUCUGCGAUCAGGAACGCUUCCAAGUGAAGAACCCGCCUCACACGUAUCUCCAAAAGCUGAGGAGCUAUCUAGACCCUGCAGUGACUCGAAAGAAAUUCAGACGGAGGGUACAGGAGUCCACCCAAGUCCUGAGAGAACUGGAAAUUUCGUUGCGGACCAAUCACAUAGGGUGGGUGAGGGAGUUCUUAAACGAAGAGAACAAAGGUCUGGAUGUGUUGGUGGAGUACCUUUCCUUCGCACAGUAUGCUGUCACGUAUGAUGGUGACUGUGUGGAAAACAACACAGAGGCCAUGAUGGACAAGUCCAAGACCUGGAGCCGGUCUAUAGAAGACCUACACAGAGGAGGUACCCUACCAGCCCACAUCACAGGGAACGGCAUCACUCGAGCCGGGCGACAUUCCACGUUACGCUGCAGCACGCUGCCAAUCAGGAGAACGCUGAAAAACUCCAGACUCGUCUGCAAAAAGGACGACGUCCAUGUUUGCAUCAUGUGCCUACGUGCUAUCAUGAACUAUCAGUAUGGCUUCAACAUGGUCAUGUCACACCCACAUGCUGUGAAUGAAAUUGCACUAAGUCUCAACAAUAAAAAUCCACGAACCAAAGCUCUAGUUUUGGAGCUCUUGGCAGCAGUUUGUCUCGUGAGAGGAGGCCAUGAAAUCAUUCUCUCCGCCUUCGACAACUUUAAGGAGGUAUGCAUGGAGUCACAGCGGUUUGAGAAGCUUAUGGAGUAUUUCAAGAAUGAAGACAACAAUAUUGACUUCAUGGUUGCAUGUAUGCAGUUCAUCAACAUUGUUGUGCACUCAGUGGAGGACAUGAACUUUAGAGUUCACCUACAGUACGACUUCACCAAGCUGGGCUUGGACGACUACUUGGACAAACUGAAGCACACCGAGAGCGACAAGCUCCAGGUUCAAAUCCAGGCCUACUUGGAUAACGUGUUUGACGUUGGAGCGCUGCUUGAGGAUGCAGAGACCAAAAAUGCAGCCCUGGAGCGAGUGGAAGAGCUGGAGGAGAACAUGUCGCAUAUGACAGAGAAGCUGCAGGACAUGGAGAAUGAAGCUAUGGCCAAGAUUGUGGAGCUGGAGAAGCAGCUGAUGACUAGGAACAAGGAGCUUGAGGCCAUCAAAGAAGUCUACAAAGAUACCACCUCACAGAUUCACUCACUGAGGCAGAUGCUGAAAGAGAAGGACGAGGCUAUCCAGCGCCAGAGUAAGCUGGAGAAGAAGAUCCACGAGCUGGAGAAGCAGGGAACCAUCCGGAUCCAAAAGAAGGGAGACGGAGACAUUUCGAUCCUGCCUUUUGCCCCUCUUGGGGUGGGGGGUUUGCCGGGUGCCAUGUUGGGGGCAAACAGUGCAGCUGUUGACCAGAACCAUGCAGGCGUUGCAGGAGGUAUGCCUGCUGUACCUCCACCACCUCCUCCUCCCCCUCCGCCGCCAGUCAACGGACAACUGCUUAAUGGACCAUCGAUGGAAAUUCCAGCUGCAGCUGCCCCACCUCCACCGCCGCCUCCCCCUCCCCCUCCACCCCCUGGGCUCCCCUCAGAGAUAUCUGCCCCUCUGCCUCCUCCACCCCCUCCUAUGGCGCCCCCUCUGCCCGGAUGCGGGACGCCCACUGUUAUCAUGAACUCAGGGCUGGCAGAGGGACCCAUCAAACUUUUCUCUGUUAAGAUUAAGAAACCCAUCAAGACUAAGUUCCGCAUGCCUGUCUUCAACUGGGUUGCUCUGAAACCAAACCAGAUCAACGGGACCGUCUUCAACGAGAUCGAUGAUGAGAGGAUACUUGAGGACCUAAAUGUUGAUGAGUUUGAGGAAAUGUUUAAGACUAAAGCUCAGGGCCCGUCCAUCGAUGUCACCAUUAGUAAGCAAAAGGUAACUCAUAAGGGACCCAACAAGGUGGCCCUGCUGGACUCCAACAGGGCAAAGAACCUGGCCAUCACUCUGAGGAAAGUUGGCAAGACAACCGAGGAGAUCUGCAAGGCCAUUCAGCUAUUCGACCUGCGGACUCUGCCGGUAGACUUUGUGGAGUGCCUGAUGCGUUUCCAGCCCACCGAGAACGAGGUCAAAGUCCUGCGACAGUUCGAGAAGGACCGCAAGCCUCUCGAGAGCCUGACUGACGAGGACCGCUUCAUGAUGCAGUUCAGCAAGAUCGAGCGGCUCAUGCAGAAGAUGACCAUUAUGGCCUUCAUUGGAAACUUCAGCGAAAGCGUGCAGAUGCUCACGCCGCAACUGCAUGCCGUCAUUGCAGCGUCUGUGUCCAUCAAGUCGUCACAGAAGUUAAAGAAGAUUUUAGAGAUUAUUUUGGCUCUUGGAAACUACAUGAACAGCAGCAAGAGAGGAGCAGUGUAUGGAUUCAAGCUGCAGAGUUUAGACUUGCUGCUUGAUACCAAGUCAACAGACCGCAAGAUAACAUUGCUGCACUACAUCGCCAACGUUGUGAAAGAGAAAUACCCACAAGCGUCUCCCUUCCACAAUGAGUUGCACUAUGUUGAAAAAGCAGCUGCAGUGUCGCUGGAGAAUGUCCUGCUGGACGUUAAGGAGCUGCAGAGAGGCAUGGAGCUGACCAGGAGAGAGUACAGCAUGCACGGUCACAACACCAUGCUCAAAGAUUUCAUCACUCACAAUGAGAGCAAGCUAAAAAAGCUGCAGGAUGAUGCCAAAAUUGCACAGGAUGCUUUUGACGAGGCUGUGAAAUUCUUCGGAGAGAACUCUAAAACAACACCGCCGUCAGUUUUCUUCCCGGUGUUUGUGCGAUUUGUGAGGGCUUACAGGCAAGCGGAGGAGGACAACGAGCAGAAGAAGAGGCAGGAGCAGCUCAUGAUGGAGAAACUUCUAGAACAAGAAGCCAUGAUGGAGGAAGACCAGAAGUCUCCUUCACGUAAAAGCAAGCGGCAGCAGCAAGAGCUCAUCCAGGAGCUCAGGAAGAAGCAGGUGAAGGACAGCCGACACGUCUACGAGGGCAAAGACGGCGCCAUCGAGGACAUCAUCACGGUGCUGAAGACCGUGCCCUUUACCGCCCGCACAGCCAAGCGCGGGUCUCGGUUCUUCUGCGAGCCCGCUCUCAAUGAGGAGUACCAUUACUAAAGCUUGUAGAUCUCUGUCUCUUCUUAAAGAUUUGAGAAAUCAGCCUUACAGACGAGCGGACGCCGUGCGGAGGAGUGUCAGGAGGCGCUUCGAUGAUCAGAACCUGCGGCCGGUGAACAAUGGAGAAGUGGUCAUGUGAAGAGGGGGAGCAGAGGAUGUGCAGGAGAGGAUGGGAGGAGAGGAACCUGGAAGGAUGGUGUGAAAGAAAGUCUGAUCCAGAACAAAGGAUAGCGGGCGUUUGUAGCAAAUAAUGAGAGGACUAUAUAUACGCUAAUAUCAAACAAUGAAGGACUGAGAAGUGGUUGGGACUGAAUUUAACGUAGAAAUCAAGCCAAGUGCCUGAAUAUCUUUGUUGUUUUGUGAUUGAUUUUUUUUUUAUUCAGUUUGAAUGUUUUAAUUAACCCCACCUUAAGCAAUACAAACCUGAGCUGGCUUUAAUGUUAAUGAGAUGUAAAACUGGACAUGCAGCGGCUUUAGAAGCCAUGUGAAAUGAUGUUACCCUGGAAAAACUAGAGUAGAAUGUAUGGGAAGUUUUUCCUCUCUUUUCACUGUUUUUUUUAACAACGUUUGACACAUUCCGGUGCUCUCAUUCAUUCCUCGCAAAUCUGUUUUUUAAUCAUCUAGCUCUUAUUUUAAUCAGGGUGAACUGGCAUGAAAAAAAUGUGCAAAAUAUAUUUAAAACUGUAUUUGUACUAAAAUAUAUUUUAAAAAGAGAAAAAAAUAUGUUGGGUGGGGGGGUGCAGGGAGGAAAGACCACUAAUGUGAACUGUAUUUAUUCCAGACAUCCACAUACUUUCUAUAGUGCCUUGCAAAAGUAUUCAUACUGCUUAUACUUUUUGGCACCAGAAACUUUGAUGUAUUUUAUUGAGAUUUUAUGUGAUAGACUGACACACACACUGAUUUAUAAUUGUGAACUGGAAGGACAGGGAAGCAUGGUUUUAAAUAAAAAUCAAGGGCAAGUGUUUUGAACCAUGUCCCUAGCAGCGUUGCACGUCACAUUUUUCUGUGCUGAAGAAAAGCAUCCCUCAGCAUGACGCUGCAACCACUGUGCUUCACAGCGGAGAUGUGAGAGUCUGUUCGUGGUUUAGGUUUUCCACCACAAUUUUCAUAUAUUUAUUUUUUUACAUAUAAACACUAGGCAAAAUGUUCCUUAAACUUCACAAUUAGAUGCUACUUUGUGUUGAUCUAUCAUAUAAAAUCCUAAUAACGUGUCAAAAUGGGAUACAAACACUUUUGCAAGGAACUGUAUAUCUUCUGCUAUAUCUAAUUAAAAAGAUGGGUUGAAUUCGAUUUGGUAGCUCUUAACUGAUAAGAGGUCCUGCGUUAACUUCGAUUUAACUGGGCUUUAGUUUUAAAUGCACGUGGUUUUAGGAACAAUUUAAGACAACUAAAGAAGCUUAUAAAAUGACAUUUCCUAUGAUGAUCUUGAACUGCACAGCAUCCUACACAAUGACUAGUCAAACUUGACAUAAUUGAGCAUUAGGUUGCUACUAUCUUCUCACUUUACUGUAUUUUUAAUGUAUAGUAUUUAACCACUGAAACAAACCAUUAAAGCUUUUUAUCUUGUGUGACCUUCGGCGUCAAAGGCAUGACAACAUAAAAGGUUCCUGUAUAGAUAUUUUUCUACAAUUUCUUUUUUAACUUACAUUGUCAAAUGGUUAAAAUUGUAUAUAUUGUUAAAACAAGUAUUCUUUGCCUUGUGCUAUACAACUUGAAUGUUCUUUUAACUUAUAGUUUUUUUCAGUUUUUAUGUAUUUAAAUAAGCCAAAUGCAGCCAGAAAUCCACAGCAAUGUGUUUAAUCAGAACAUGUUGCUGUUGCGCAGGAGUCAGAGGGUCACUGAGUUUGUGUUUGGGUCGCAGGUGCAUCACAAACAGCUAAAUGAUCUGAUAUAAAGCAUUAACACCUGCCAGUGUAAUGGCCACACUAACCAUUAAAACUGUUAGUUGGCCUGUAAUGAACUGACACAGUGAUGCCAUCCUGCUUGUUUUUCUUUCAGCUUCAGUGUGUAAUUAGAUGAUGCUCCAACCUGGGUAAUACUGGCAUUUUGGUUCUCCCCUCACUACAGAGGUGUUUUAGACAGUUGGUCUGUUCUCGGCUCUAAAUAACCUUAUUUUAAAAUAGGUGAUAAGAGAUUUUAAAGAUCUAUAAUAAAUGAUUUACACUGAA